CCCUCUGUCUCUUCUUCUCCAGCACCCACAGCCCUGAAGAAUGGGUCAUCUCUUGCAGUCCUGGAGGGCCAGUCCCUGCGCCUGGUCUGUGUUGUCGACAGCAACCCCCCAGCCAGGCUCAGCUGGGCCCAUGGAAGCCAGACCCUGAGCCCCUCACAACCCUUCAACCCUGGGGUCCUGGAUUUGCCCCGAGUGGAGUCGAAGCAUGAAGGUGAAUUCACCUGCCAAGCUCAGCACCCUGGGGGCUCCCUGCACGUCUCCCUGAGCCUCUCUCUGCAGAGAAAAGCGUGGCCUUUAUCAGGAGUGGUGCUGGGGGCUGUGGGGGGAGCAGGUGCUACAGCCCUGCUCUUCCUGUCCUUCUGCGUCAUCGUCAUCAUAGUGAGGUCCGGCAGGAAGAAAGCAGCAAGGCCAGCAGAGGAUGUGGGUGACGCGGGCAUGGAGGGAGAGAAUACAGUAGCAAAGUCAGUCUCUCAGGUGAGUGACUGGGUGUCUCUCCUUCCAGCAUCCUGCCUGGAUGCCUCUCCCAGGGUGACUCCCUGGAUUAUCCCUCUCAGUAUGGACAAAGUUGUUGUCUUCAUCUCCCCCUCCUCAUCCCUUCAAGCAAAAAUUCACUACAUCUUGUCCAUUUUUCCUCCUAAGAACAGCUAG